CUUUAUAUUUCUGCAGAUUUGCUCAAGAGGACUUCUAUCAUUGUGUAGCGGCGGCGCGAGUGAAUGCGGAUGAGCUGGACAAGGGUGUAGCAGCGCUACGACAAAAUGUCACCAAGCUGGAUAACUGUUUGAAAACCUAUCAAAAGCAGUCGGACGAUGACGCUUUUGUUGAGAUAAUGGGUCCGUUCCUAGCAAAAGCUCAGAGUGAAUUGGAUAUUAUAACUACGCUGCACGGCAAGAUGAAAUGCGACUGGUCCAGCUUCGCCAAAUACUACGCAUUUGACACGAAGAAAUAUCCUAUGGAGCAGUUUUUCACAGACAUGAAGUUGUUCAAGGAACAGUAUGAGGGUGUAUAUCGAGAGCUGGAAAUGGAAAGGUUGAGAGCCGAGAAAGAGCAUGAAGACUCGAAAACUAAGAAGAAGCGAGCUUUGCCUCCUGCCAAAGAACAACCGGCGCGUGUUAGCAUUGGUGCCAGUCGGCUUCAGACGGCUGUUGAUUCUCCUGGUGUACUAGAUGAGCUUGACAAGAUGAUGGCUGGUGGAGGACUAGCAAAGCUUCUCCAAGGAAGGGCAGCUCUGCAGCGACAACGAUCACGAGGGGCCGAUUUUCUUCUUCGCGAGGCCCUUGAGAACGGCAGUGUCAGUGCUCAUGCCCCGCGAGCACCACUAUCGGUGAUAGCACCAGCGCCUGAGAAAGUGCGGAUACGAAGGAAAGGUGCUCCUACAGUAGAGGUCUGUUCUGUUCAUAUUAGUUGACC